CACGUCGCACGCCAGGCCACGCUACAUAUGCCGAAAGCCGAACACAUGGUAGCGGAGAAUCAUCACAGCGAUAGCGCAUUUAACUCUCCGUCGCGAGAUCAGAAGCAACUCAUUCGGCAGACUGAAAACACAUCUUGACCGCGUGUACCAAUUGUUUUUACCGUGUCGAACAUAAAGUGAAAUCUGUUUAAUUUACAAAGACAGCCCAUGCAGUCGACGAUGUUAGUUAAAAUUAAUUUAAUUUAUUUCAACAAUAUCAGUGUAUAUGCUAAUCGUUGACUUUUUUAUGUGACUUCAAAGUUUAUAGUGAAAGUGAAAAAAAACCUACAUAUUUAUAUUUAUAUAUUUUUAAUCUAAAUCAGUAUUACGUGCGUGUGUGAAAGUGAUGUAAUAUUUAUCAUGACGUUCGCGGAUAUUUUGGAGAGUCUUACAUCCGGAGAUUUCGGCUGGAACCGUAACGUGAUGCAGGUUUUAGCAGUAGCUGCCAUACAGUUUAAACGCAUGCUGAACAAGGAACUGAGUCACUUCAGUCAAUCUAGCAGCUCUGGAAAUCAAAUAUCUGAGUACAUUUGUUCGACGUUUUUGGACAAACAACAAGAACUUGAUCUUCCCUCAUUGCGAAUCGACGAGGCUGCUGGUGACGCCACGGUCAGCUCUACCACACCAGGAUAUCACCAUCACAGUUUGAGCCAGCAACAACAACAGGCUGGUGUGACAUCAAGCGCUCAGAGCUCCAGUAACCAGCAGCGGGCUCGUUCGCCGCGGCCGUCGGCCGGACCGCAGCCGCCUAUGUCCCAGAUAUCUGGUGUGAAGAGAACGGUGACGCACGCCAACUCGUUUAGUGGCGAUAGACCGCCAACCCACGGCGUUGAGACGCCACACGAGGCUGCGCUUGGAAAACUACUCCAAGACGUAGAUACAUGGGGUAUCGACAUAUUCCGCAUUGGCGAACUCAGCUGCGGCAAACCGCUAACCUGCAUUGCAUAUACUAAUUUCCAAAGUCGCGAUCUGUUGACCGCUCUGAUGAUACCAGCCAAAACUUUUGUCAGUUUUAUGAUGACUCUCGAAGAUCACUACGUCCGAGAGAACCCUUUCCAUAACUCCCUGCACGCAGCAGAUGUAACGCAGAGCACUGGUGUACUUUUGAAUACCCCGGCUCUGGAAGGAGUAUUCACACCGUUAGAAGUCUGCGCGGCCUUAUUUGCGGCAACUAUUCAUGAUGUCGAUCAUCCAGGUUUGACAAACCAAUUUCUGAUUAACUCUAGUUCCGAGUUGGCGCUUAUGUACAACGAUGAAUCGGUGCUGGAGAAUCACCAUCUUGCAGUCGCAUUCAAACUGUUACAAACGACUGGAUGUGACAUUUUCUGCAAUAUACCAAGGAAACAAAGACAAACAUUACGUAAGAUGGUGAUAGAUAUGGUUCUAUCAACGGACAUGUCCAAGCACAUGUCUUUGCUGGCCGAUUUGAAAACAAUGGUAGAAACUAAGAAAGUAGCCGGAUCUGGUGUUCUGUUGUUGGAUAACUAUACAGAUCGAAUUCAAGUCUUAGAAAAUCUUGUCCACUGCGCUGAUUUGAGCAAUCCUACAAAACCUUUGCCUUUGUAUAGGCGUUGGGUAGAUUUAUUGAUGGAAGAGUUCUUCCUUCAGGGUGAUAGAGAAAGAGAAGCGAAUAUGGACAUUAGCCCUAUGUGUGAUAGGCAAAAUGCAACGAUUGAAAAAAGCCAGGUCGGAUUCAUCGACUAUAUCGUUCACCCAUUGUGGGAAACUUGGGCAGAUUUGGUGCAUCCAGAUGCACAGUGUAUAUUAGACACUCUAGAAGAGAACAGAUACUUCUACCAAAGUAUGAUACCGCCUAGUCCUCCGCAGCAAGAUCCUCCUGAUGAAAAUAUUCGUUUUCAAGUUACUCUGGAGGAAGGUAGUGGAUCCGACGCCGAGGGCGAUGGUGACGGCGGAGGAGAGGAAGAAGAAGAGGAGGAAGAAGCAGAAUCCACCUCGCAGCAAGGUGGGAUCUGACGUCGAGCAGUAGGAAUUUGUAAGAAAAUAUCUGAACGCACUGUCGCAUGGUGGAAACGCUAACGACCUCGCUGCUACAUACUCACUAUUACUGAUCAAUCGUAAGUGGCGUCGCGGCCGUCCUCCUGCGAAAUGCAUUAAUCGAGUUAUAUAAAUAGAGU